AUGGCGAAGCAUCGGUACCUGAUAUAUGCAUUUGUCAUUACCUUCGCAAUUGUUGAAAGCCAUGCCUCCAAUACACAAAUAACUCAAGUCUCGACAAACGUUUAUUCUCAAUAUGGACAAGGUGAAAAUACUUUUCCAAGAAACAGAGGUCAGUCUGAUGGUGGUUCAAACACAAUGGCAGCAGAGGUAGCCAACCAAGAUCAGGAUUCAACUGAUACGUCCCAGGAAAAUUCCAGUCAGAACAUCGAUCAGAACUCCGGUCAAGGAGAUAAUCAGAACAAGGGUCAGGGAGGUAAUCCGAAUAAGGGUCAAGGAGGUAAUCCGAAUAAGGGCCAAGGAGGUAAUCAGAACAAGGAUCAAGGAGGUAAUCAGAACAUGGGUCAAGGAGGUAAUCAGAACAAGAAUCAAGGAGGUAAUCAGAACAUGGGUCAAAGAGGUAAUCAGAACAAGGAUCAAGGAGGUAAUCAGAACAUGGGUCAAGGAGGUAAUCCGAACAACAACCCAGAAGGUAAUCAGAACAAGAACUCAGGAGGUAAACAGAACAACAACCCAGGAGAUAAACAGAACAACAACCCAGGAGGUAAACAGAACAACAACCCAGGAGAUAAACAGAACAACAACCCAUCAGGUAAUCCGAACAACAACCCAGGAGGUAAUCCGAACAACGAUCGAGGAGGUGAUCGCAACAACGAUCGAGGAGGUGAUCGCAACAACGAACGAGGAGGUGAUCGCAACAACGAACGAGGAGGUGAUCGCAAUAACGAACGAGGAGGUGAUCGCAACAACGAACGAGGAGGUGAUCGCAACAACGAACGAGGAGGCGAUCGCAACAACGAACGAGGAGGUGAUCGCAGCAACGAACGAGGAGGUGAUCGCAACAACGAACGAGGAGGUGAUCGCGACAACGAACGAGGAGGUGAUCGCGACAACGAACGAGGUGAUCGCGAUAACGAACGAGGUGAUCGCGAUAACGAACGAAGAGGUGAUCGCAACAACGAAAGAGGAAGUGAUCGCAAUAACGAUCAAGAACGUAAUCGGAAUGACGGACAACGGCCUGGUACCAGAAUUGACGAAAAUGAUCCAAGAAGAAACCCACGGGGGGAUCCCAGAUACAUUCCUGAAAGAGAAUAUGGUCUUAUACCCAGCAUCAAACGAAAGUUUAAAUCUAAGCUCAGAAGAAAGUUUGAGAAAGCUUAUUCCAUCAAAGAACGGCUACUUGGCCGCUUGUAGACUGUACACUGGGGGUUAACAUAAAAAAAAGUAUACCGCGCCACUUACACGCGCAGAGUUUUCAAUUCAACUACCAAAGCACUUGUAAUAGUGUACUUGCACUAGUAGAUAAUUCAAGCAAAAUUGUGAAAGCAUUGACAUAACACACCAAUUUUUCACAUCAUCAUCAUCAUCUCAGCCAUAGAACGUCCACUGCUGAACAUAGGCUUCCCCUUUUGACCUCCACAUGAUUAAA